AUGACAGAUUGUGGUGCACUGUUAUGUGUAGAAUUUGGGGAUGGAUUUUGGAAGGUGUAUAAGUUUGUCGAAGAGCACAAUCAUGAACUUGUUGAACGUCCUGAUAAGCAUUUUCUUCCAUCUGAACGACACCUCACUCAGCUCCAGAAGCAUGUUAUACACAGCAUGUCUAAGCUGAAUUUGGGUCCUAUCAAGACGUUUAAUGUUUUGAAGACUUGUUUUGGCGGUUUUGAAGACGUGGGCGCAAGCAAAGUUGACUUUAAGAACUAUAAGAGAUACUCUAUGGUGUUUGUGUCGUUCACUAGUAUAGACAAUCAUCACUGCAAUGUUACAUUUGGUGCAACAUUGUUGGCGUCUGAAACUGCUGAUACGUAUAUUUGGUUGUUAAGAGUUUUUCUAAAAGCUGUUGGUGGUGUUAGGCUAUGCAAUUCAACCAAUUUUAAAGAACGUAUCUGUGGUGUUGUGUGGACGGAUAUUCUCACACCUGAAGAGUUUGAAUCAGAAUGGGAAGCGGUUAUUGCAGAAUUCAAUUUAGAAGAUAAUGAUUGGAUAUCUGAUAUUUUUGCACUUAGAGAAUCUUGGAUCCCUGCAUACUAUAGAAUGGAGCAUAUGUCUGGUCUUAUGCGAACGACAUCCAGGUCGGAGAGUGAGAAUCAUUUUUUUGGUCAAGUGUGCAAUUCGAAAGCUACUCUUGUUGAGUUCAUGACGCAUUAUGAGACUGCAAUAGCAGCACAGCAUCCCAUGCAUCGUAAAAAUGAUCAUGAAUCUCGAUACAAAAGACCCCAGUUGAAGAGUUGUUACAAAUUGUUGGAAGGGCAAGUUGUUGAUAUAUACACAAAAAUUAUUUUUUGUGACGUUCAAACUGAGCCUAUUGGAGUUGCGGAUUGCAUAAAUCAACGUUACGAAGAUCAGCCUGAUGGGUUUGUUAAGUUUUACGUAAAUGACUUCCAACAGCUUUGUACAUCCUUAUUUGAGGUAAUGUUCCGUAAGUCUGAUUGCACAUGCAGUUACUCAUGCAGACGUUUUGAACAGUUUGGUUUGCUAUGUAGACAUAUAUUCUAUGUUUUGAGACUUAUGGACAUUAGGGAAUUUCCAAAACAAUACAUUUUUAAUAGAUGGCGCAAAAAGGCCUCCCUAAACUGCUCUCUUGAAUUCUCAAUUAGUCGUGAAUAUAUGACCGAACUUGAUCCUGAUGUGCAAAGUAUGAUGCGAGAUAUUAUUUAUUCAACCGAAUACACUUUGAACCGUUUAUCUGGUAAUAAAGAGGAGAUAUCCUUAUUCAAGGAUCAUGUUCAAUCUUAUAUGAAGAAGGUUCAAGAUAUGCAGAUUGUUGCUCCUCCCGCUAUUUCUAGGGAUAGAUUUGCCGAGAUAACCGGUCAAUAUACAAACGACAAGAAUCCGAUAAGAGUCCCUGUAGGUUAUAAAUCCAAAUGUUCUGGUUCUCGGAAGCGCCUGAAAUCUAAACAGGAGAUAGCAAUCGACAAAAAGAAAUCAAAGUCGAAACCCGGGGCCAAAGAAAGACAGUGUAAGAACUGCAAAGCCUAUGGACACUACGCAUCAACAUGCAAACAUGCUGUAAUUAAAAGAAGAUCGACAAGGUCUUCGAGAGCUAGUGAAGAGUAG